GAAACAUACCGUUGUCGCGAUAGAAAUAUGGCGGCAUCCGUGAAAGCAGCGCAUGAGCUGCAAUCCAGAACCCGGACAGACGAUGUUUUGAUUAGCGGUGGUGUCGAGUUCAGCUCAUUACUCCUCUCAAAACCCGUGCUUGAGGGUUUAUCUGCUUCCGGUUUUCAGAGACCCUCUCCCAUCCAGCUGAAGGCAAUCCCGCUGGGAAGAUGUGGACUCGAUCUUAUUGUUCAAGCCAAAUCUGGCACAGGAAAGACCUGUGUGUUCACCACCAUCGCCUUGGACUCUCUUAUACUGGAAAACACAACAACACAGGUGCUGGUUUUGGCCCCCACUCGGGAGAUUGCAGUACAGAUUCACGCUGUUGUUAUGGCGAUAGGCAGUGCUAUGGAGGGUUUGGAGUGCCAUGUGUUCAUUGGUGGUCGACCUAUCAGUCAAGAUAAACAAAACCUGAAGAAAUGCCACAUUGCCAUUGGGUCACCAGGUCGUAUUAAGCAGCUAAUUGAGAUGGGAGCCCUGACUGUGUCCUCCAUUCGCUUGUUUGUUUUGGAUGAGGCUGAUAAACUCCUGGAGGACGACAGCAGCAGCAGUUUUCAGGAGCAGAUCAACUGGAUCUACUCCUCUCUACCAGCAAAUAAACAAAUGUUGGCGCUUUCUGCCACUUACCCAGAGUCUUUAGCACAACAGUUGUCAAGAUACAUGAGAGAGCCCACGUUUGUGCGAUUGAACCCAACUGACCCUGGGCUCCUCGGACUGAAGCAGUAUUAUAAGAUCGUGCCGUCUCAUUCAUUGCCUCAUAAAGUUUUUGAGGAGAAGGUCCAGAGUCUUCUUGAACUCUUCAGUAAAAUCCCAUUUAACCAAGCGCUGGUGUUCUCCAAUCUUCAUACCAGAGCUCAGCAUCUGGCUGAUAUCCUCUCCUCUAAAGGUUUGCCUGCCGUCUGCAUCUCAGGUGGUUUAAGUCAGGAUCAGAGGUUAGAGGCCAUGUGGAAGCUGAAGCAGUAUCAGUGUCGAGUUUUAAUAUCCACUGAUUUGACGUCACGUGGAAUUGAUGCUGAGAAGGUGAACUUGGUGAUUAAUCUGGACGUUCCUCAGGACUGGGAGACCUACAUGCACCGCAUUGGUCGUGCUGGACGAUUUGGUACUCUGGGGGUUGCUGUGACCUACUGUUGCCAUGGGGAGGAGGAGAACAAGAUGAUGGCCAUCGCUCAGAAGUGCUCUCUGGAACUCAUGCAUUUACCAGAUCCAAUACCUCCAGGCAUCAUGGAAGAGGCUUGUGACCAUGAUGUGAUCAUAGAAACUCUUUCAAAACAAAAAAUUCAUGACAUUUCCAAACCAGAGAAGAAGAAAAAGGCUAAAUCAGAACAGAUGAAGUCUAAACCCCCCAGAGAGUCUCACAUCUCUGUGGUCAUCACAGAAAGUAUGACCAGUAACAAAUCAUACAGUCGAGCUGAAACCAAGUCUAAAAGUCAUUCUCCCAAACCUGGGAGGCAAAAACAAAUGGCGCCUGCUGCAAACCUCCAGCAUGACUCGACUAUUACUCAGAAACAGCAGAAUGACAACCUUCCCAAAAUUCCUCCACUGUCCUCCUUUAAGUCACACACACGGAAGAGAACUACCUUCGACGAUGCAUUGGUGGAUUAUGAGACCUUCAUAAGAGAAGGUCCAGGAAGAUCUGUUGAAAUCAUUCACCAGUAUGAUGGGUUCUACAGAAAUCAAGAUAAAGUUAAUGGUCUGCAUGACGUCCAUGAUGAAGAUGAGGCUUCUGAAUCAUACCUUCCAGAAGAAUCACAGUCCUAUCAAGAUUCUCCUCCAGCGCAGGAGGUUUCAGAGUUGUCCUCGGAGGAGAAGACCUCUAGUGAAUCCUCUUCUGAGUCUGAGAUGGAAGUGGAGAGUGAAUCAAGCUCUUCUGUCCCUAGCAAGUCUACACUUGAAGCACUUCCAGAUAAUAAAAGUUCGCUUGUACAUAAUUAUUCAGAGUUAGCUGAAUCCACUUUACCUUCAACCAGAGUACCACAGCAGGCCACAAGAAGCAAGCAAAGGCCAUGUCAACCUCAAUCCCAGGACACAGCUCACCAUCGCGCUUCUCCUCAGAAACCCCGAACAGCCUCCAAAUCUAGCAGGAGGCCAACAGGACCAAAGCGGAGAACAAGAGAGACUGAUGAGACUGAAGAGGAAGAGGCCGGACAUGAUUAUUGGAGCUCGUACAGGGCCUGGGCUGAAUAUUACAAUUCAUACUAUCACCGUUCGCCCUAUAACUGGAUGACUGCGUUUUAUAUGAAUUCUGUGUACAUUAAGGAAAUGAUGAAGCACUAGAAAAGUCAACCUUUGUAAUGUUCCUAAUUGUAUUUUAUGCAUAUUCCUGUAGCUCCCAAAUAAAAAUGAGUUCCUAAGAAA